GCCUGUGUUGAGACGACCCCUUUUUGGUAGCCAAUUAUUUUACCCGUCUCAGCGCAAAUAUAAUCCAUGUGAAAUAGUUGCGUUGUACAGUCGUGUUUUGAAAGUGAGUCACGGCAUGUGCUGCUACACAUGCCAACAUGUCUGACAAUGUGGAGCAAGAGACUGACUCUGUGGCGGAUGAGAAGAGCGGCCAGGAGGACGUUCAGGGGAUAGUGGCUGGUGCUACUGAAGGUGCAGACAGUGGUGGUGAUGAUCACGAGGUAGAAAUUGGAGACGGCCAUGCAGCAAGCCAGUCGACUAAUGUAGAUGAUGGGGACAAUGACACGCAGGGCAUGACAGAGAAUCCCAAUGAAGAGGGCGCGUCUGAUCGCGAUGCCGGCCAGCAGCCAGUGGCAGACAUUCGCAUCGAACCACCUACUCCCUCAAAUCAGCAGCGCAUGGAGCUUAACAUUGAUAAUGGUAUGCCUUCACCUGAGCAAGACGCACCUGAAAGUUCCCGUCAGUCAAACCCAAUGCCAUCUCCAGUACACUCAUCUCCAGUGCACUCAUCUCCAGCAUAUCCUUCAUUGGUUGGAUCAUUGCCCAGACAUCACCCAGACUACAGAAUGCCUGACCAGCUCAAAGUCAAAGUAGAACUUGAUGGCGAGCAACAUGAAGUCGAGCUGGAGAUCAUUCGCUACAACGAUCACAAGAAGCCAUUUCUGGGUGGCUUCAUGAAUCGUCGGAAUGGCAAGGAGUAUCAUCAUGCAACGGCCCAGACCAGACCGGACUAUCGGCGUAAAUCCAAUGCACCCAGGGAAACGAGAUCAACUCAAACAAAAUGGAUGGUGACUCGCGAGCAGCAGACUAGCCUGGACGCAGCUACACAAAUGCCAAGACCAGACUAUCAUGUAGGCACUGAUGGUGACCGCAUCAUAAUCCCCGGCAGGUAUCAGACAGCUGAUGAACUGUUUGCACUGCGACUGGAGAAGAUUCUCGUCAUUCAGCGUGCAUAUCGUGUCUGGAAGCAACGACGGUACUUGGCAUCGCUGAAAAAAGACAAAGAAGAGUACGAUCGCUGGAUACAGGAGGAUAUAGUGAGACGUGAGCAAGUGCGAGAAGACCGGCUAACCGAGCACUAUGAACGUACCCUCCAUCCCAAAACAAAGGAGGAUUUUGACCGACUGUAUGCAUCGCUAGAAGCUUGGCGAGUUGCAAAGACAGAGGAGAUCAAUGAGAAGCUUGGUGGUGCAGACCGUAAAGUUGCCCUAAGCGAGCUGAUGGACAAAGAGGCUAGGUUGAUAGCUGGCGCUGGCAGACACCGCAUCAAUGCCGAGGAACAGACAUCCAAGGAAAGAGUAGCCAACUAUCUGCAAAAGACGGCAGCACCACGUCGCUGGAGAGCGUUUGAUGGCAAAACAACAAUAAUGGAAACGGAUAACAUCCGUCGUGCACGUCAGCUGAAGCAGAUGUACGAAGAUAUCACUGCACCAAUUUCCACAUACAAUGAGCGCCUGGAUGCACUGCUCUUAGUGAAGUGUACGGUGCAGACGGCGGACUGCCCUUUGACCCGGGACAUCAUUGAGCAGAUUGAACGUGAGACAGAAUGCAUCAACCGUGGACUAAAUGAUGCCAAAAUGGAUGCAAUGAGAAAGCGGCUUGCUGUCCUCUUCUUGCAAUACAUCAAGAACCCAAUGUUCAACCCGGAGGCUGCUCGCUACAAUAGAGUUCCCAUUGAUUCCAAGAAGUUAGUGAAGAAUGUGCACUUUUGUCGGAGCUGCCGCCGCUACCUACCCAGCAUUGACUUUGAAAUCAGUGCGCAUACAAGAGCUGUCGGUCGAUGCAAGCAGUGUGUCAAGCUGGACAGCGAUGCACGCACUCGCAAGGACCUGGCGUACUACCGGCACUUGCUCAAGGAGCUACGUUUCCACGAAGCACAGUAUGGUGAUGAGACCACUGUUGCUCACCUUGUUCAGGCUGCAGAUAUCCGCUAUCUGAUAGAUGAUGUGUGGAAGUGCCAGAGCAUGCUCAGCCAAGAAACUGAUCCGUUUGAGCUGGUGUUCACGCGCUGGGACCAGAGCAGCCAGUGGACACCGUGGAACUGUGUGCUACUCAACAAAGAGGAGUAUGUUCAGCACAAGAAGCUGGACAAUCCAGAAGGGUACUAUGGACCGGGUAUAUGCCAGGAAGUACGCAAACGUCACGUUGAGUCUUUCAUCCAUUUCCAGAGUGUACCUGGCCUAGCGGGAUACCUGAGUAAGAACAACAUCAAACUGAGUGCAGUAGGCCAAUCAAAACAGCCCCAGCAACAGCACACGGCUUCAAGAAGCGUCUCAACAGAGCCCAGAAGUGCAGCUAGCACGCCAGCCAUGCAGCAUCAACAUGCGCAAUAACAUGCGUGGUGUACAGUGAUAGCUGAUUACUGGGAAUGCUGUGACUAGCAGUUUGCCAGCUUAGUGUCCACAUUGUAGUACUGGUGACACCGUGUGCACAGGGUACGUGCGCCGGUAAUGCGCCGGUAAUGUUGCUCUAAUGUUGCUGUGUCCGGGUAAACUGGAGCGCUGAGCAAGAGAGUGCUUCAGCUAGUACGCAAGUUGACAAGUCUCGUUGCCGGUGAUUUGGUCAGUAGUGACCCGGCGAGGCUGAGUUCACCCAGAGUGUAGCUACAUUGUACACUGCUAGGCUAGUUCAGAACUGGUCGGCAUUGCAUGUUGCUCGCUCUGUGCGGUUGUAUUGAUACUUCAAGUAUACAUCACAGUCUAGUGCUGAUGAAAUAUCAAGUGUGGUGUGUGGUGUGUGGUGUGCACGUGUGCACGUGUGUUUGUGUUUGUGAGUAUGUGCGUGCAUGUGUGUGCAUGUUGUAUACCAAUGCAUGCACAAACAUACACACGUGUGUUCGCGGGUGUGGAUGUCUGUAUGCACGCGUAUGGCCGCGUGACAGACAAUACUUAUAUUUACUGAUAAAGGUCUUUACACUCUCUAUUAUAGUUAUUUCUCUUAUGGUUAAGUUACUUGAGAAUUCCUGUAUGCUAUAGCAAGAGACAUUGAACUGUACAUGUAUUGCAAGAAUACUAAAAUCAGCAGUCUUGCCGAAUAUCAAUAAUACUAUUAUCAACAUCCAUUAA